AUGAAGCUUAUUGGGCCAAACAUAGUACAUGAUGCCUUGAAAAAUGUGAAACUUAUUCAGGAACGACUUCGCAUAGCUCAAAGCCGACAAAAGUCAUACUCAGAUAUAAGACGCCGCGAUCUUGAGUUCAAAGAGGGCGACUAUGUAUUUUUAAAGGCGUCUCCAAUGAAGGGUAUCAUGAGGUUUGGUAGAAAAAGGAAUAUUAGCCCAAGAGAUAUGCUGCCUUAUCCAAUUCUUAAAAGGAUUGGGCUUGUGGUGUAUCGACUAGCUUUACUCCCAGAGUUAUCUUCUGUGCAUCUAGUUUUUCAUGUGUCCAUGCUGAAACAAUACUUUUACAACCCAAGUCAUGUACUUGAUAGACAAGAGAUAGAGAUUGAUGAUACUCUGACAUAUGAGGAGGUCCCUGUAGCUAUAAUAGACAGGCAUGUUUGUAGACUUCGAACCAAAGACGUUGCUGGAGAAACCACUCAGUCGAGGAAGCUACGUAGGAUCCCUAGGAAGCCAUGA